UAAAUGUUUCCCCAAAGUCAUAUUCAAGGGAAGUAAUUUUGCGCGGAUUGUCAGACAACCAACUUUCACGUGUUCAGAAAUUAGGAACAACAAACAGGGUUUUAUGGUUUCUGCCUUGAAGACUUGGUUGUUCAUUUCAAGUCUGCAAUUGACUCUGAAAACAAGAUACCAUCGAAAGUCCACAUGAAAGUCAACAAAACAUUGGUCAUUACUAAAAGUCCACAGUGAAAAUUCUUGUUGGAAAAAAGAAGAAAAAAGAAGUCAGCAUUAAAAUCCCGUCGACAUUUAGUGACCAGUUUAUCGUUCUAAGCAUUUACCAGUGAACCUUCUAUUAUUACCGUAACUUAAUAUAAGUCUUCAAUUUCUAACUUGUUCAGGGACUCAGUCUGCCAUGGUAAUUUAAUUCUUGUCCAUAGACCCAGUCUAACAUGAUCAUUUAACAUUGCAUCACAGAAUCUACCAUUAUGCUUUAAAUCUGCAUCAAUCAGUCUAUUACGAUAGUCUAAUUGUAUUUCACUCAAUCUGCCACAAUGUUUUGCAUCAAAAGAAUUCUACAAUUGGGAAAGCCUCGACUACCACAGCAGGCAAGAUGCUUAAGUUUAGAAAGACUGAAAGGGGGACGGAUGGAAAGAAUCGGAAACUAUUUCUUGAACAUCUUAAACGACUACAAGCAGGCGUUUGUGGAUCUUGGACAAGACAUGAAAAGCCGACCCAUUAAAUCGGGUAUCUACCUCGGCCUGCUGGGAGCUUUCGGAGUGCUGGUGAAGACGAAACCAUCUGUCGACAGCUACAAUGCUGAACUUAUCGAGAAGGCUCAUGAUCUUCUGCUUAUUGGAGACCUGAUUCGAAACAAAUAUUCUGACGAGUAUUUGAGGGACGUGGUGUCUUCGCUCAAGGACGGAAGGCUGCGUUUUUUGAACUUGGGUGUGUGUAGGGUCGUGUGGAGGUCGAACUACAGCUCGUGGGUAAAGCUGUAUGAUGCGCAGUGUAAACAACUGAAACCGAGGUGGACGGAAUUUCACAAACAGGUCGUCGACAUCGGUGUGUGUGGUCGAUGGAUUUACCUUGAUCGAGCUAUGGAAGAGUACGAUGUCAGUGAAGAUGAGUGGAAACAAACAAAGACAUAAUCAUUUAUCACCUGUGUCUACAGGACUUCUAGAAUUGUUUUUAAAUCCACUAGCCAUGGGAUCAGUGAUUUUAAACCGUUACUAGUCAUGAUUAAAAAUUCACUAGACCUACUUUACUUAGAGUUAAUACAAUUUUACUAAAUAAUAGUAAUAAUCAGAUAUGUCACUUAAACAGGGAGAUAAAGCUUAAAACCAUUAACAUUGGGAGUUUGGGGUGGGGUCAGGAUAUUCAUAUUUACAAAAUAGACAACUGCAACAUUUGAUCAAAACCAAAUUCACUAGCUGUUGGGCAUGGCAAUAGUAGUUAUUUACUAGCCCAACUUUGAAUAUCACU